AUGCCCCCCACACAGCUCCCCGCGUCGGGGAACCCCCUGGUCUUCUUCGAUAUCACCCUCGGAGGAGAGCCCCUGGGCAGAGUCACCUUUGAGCUCUUCAAAGAUGUAGUCCCGCGAACAGCCGAGAACUUCCGCCAGUUCUGCACCGGCGAGUCCAAGAACUCGUCGGGCCGGCCCCAGGGCUACAAGGGCUCCAAGUUCCACAGAAUCAUACCGAGCUUUAUGUGCCAGGGCGGUGACUUCCUCAACGGAGACGGAACGGGCAGCACCUGCAUCUACGGCACCAAGUCGUUCGCCGACGAGAACUUCAACAUCAAGCACGACCAGCCGGGCUUGCUAUCUAUGGCGAACGCCGGCCCUGGAACCAACGGGUCGCAGUUCUUCAUCACGACAGUGCCUACUCCGUUCCUGGACAACAAGCACGUGGUAUUCGGCAAGGUCGUCGACGGCAUGGACGUGGUCAAGAAGAUGGAGGCUACUAAGACAGGUUACCGUGGCAAGGACGUGCCCAAUAUGGACGUAGCUAUCGCUCAGUGCGGAGAGAUGUGA